AUGGAGGAGACCAAAGCCACCAAGAGCCAGGGGUCCAAGAAACUGUUCAGGAGCCGCUCCUUGAAGUCGGUGGGCCAUUUCAUGCAAAGGGUCCUGAGAACUUUGAGCAGUUUGUCCCACCUGGGAGACGGCGAGAGGGGCAACCGGGACCUGGAGGACGAUGACGGCGGUUUCAGGCACAAGAACCACCACCCCGGAGAACUUGGCCGAGGGGUCCCGCAGGAGGAGAUCAGGGUGGUUCAUGGCGGAGACGGCAACAACAACCUGGGCAGGGUUCAGGGGGCGCCCCGGGGCCAGGAGAUGCACUCAUGGAGCUCCGAGGACAAGGUGCCCGGGGUGCUGGGGCUGAAGAACCACGGGAACACCUGUUUCAUGAACGCCGUGGUCCAGUGCUUGAGCAAUACAGACCUGCUGGCGGAAUACCUGGGGAUGGAGCAGUACCGAGCGGAGCCGGGCAGAGUCCGGGUCAAUGGGCUGGUGCACAAGGACUCUUCAGAGGAAGCGUCAGCUCAGGGGGCCAGAGGGGAAGUCACGGAGAGGCUGGCCUCUCUGGUCAGGGCGCUGUGGACUCUGGAGUACACCCCUCAGCUAUCGGCGGAGUUUAAGAACUCUGUCGCCAAAUACGGCUCCCAGUUCCGGGGGAACUCGCAACACGACGCCUUGGAGUUCCUGCUGUGGCUGCUGGACCACGUCCACGAAGACCUCAACGCCUCCUCGGGACAGAAGGCCAAGGCGUCCGCCAAGGUAGGUGCAACGCUGAGGAUGCACCCAUACCGGGUAUUUGGGCGAAUACUCCCAUACUCAUCCACCGAUACCGGAACUCUGACCGGCAGUCCCCCUCCGGUCUCUGAGCAGAGCAGCCUCAGUUCAUCGCCCUCCUCACAGACAGACGGAGGACACAGCUUUGUACAAGAACACUUUCAAGCUCAGUACAGAUCUUCGCUCACUUGUCCGCACUGCCACAAGCAGAGUGACACGUAUGACCCCUUCCUCUGCGUCUCCCUCCCCAUCCCACUGCGACAGACCAGGGCCUUAAACGUCACGUUAGCAUUCCAUUCUAAGCAGCAGCGCUUCCUGCGCAUCGGCCUGGCCGUUCCGUUAUUCGGCACUGUGGCGGCGCUGCGGCAGAUGGUGGCCGACGAGGGCAAAAUACCUUCCGACCAGGUCAUCCUGGCCGAGUUGAACUCCAGCGGGUUCCAAAGGUCCUUCUCGGACGAUGAAGACAUGAACACCAUAGCGGAGGGCGACCCGGUCUACGUCUUCCAAGUUCCCCUUCCGUUACCCAAAGCCCCCGGUUCCUGUAGGACAUCAGGUCUCUACUCACCCACUAUAGGGUAUCCGCACAGCCUUCCAUCUUCUCCCCGCAGCUUUGACACAAACUCUACAAGGUUACCGGGAGGAGGAUCCGUCUCCUCGGAGUUCCUGGCCUCCAGCUCGAAACUUCUUCUGCUCCUGUGCAACCUGGAUGGCUCUGGUCAGCAGGCCCUUAGGUUUGGUCCUCCGCUGCUCUUGUGGGAAGAUAGGACAGCAAGUUGGGAUCAGCUUCAGCAAAGCAUCCUGGGGAAGGCCCAAUACUUGAUGAGGAGUGACGCACACUUGCCAACUGGAGGUGUCUCCUUCCACAUCCGCGUUGGGGCUCCAACGAGCAACUGCUACUUGUCCGCCAAGGACGCCCGGCCGCUCCAGCACGCCGACAUCGACAGGGCUCUGCAGCUCUGUGGAAGCGGAGGACCACCUCAUGUGAAGCUGGCCGUGGAAUGGGAAUCCAAAACCAAAGAGAGACUUUUUGGGAACAUCCAGGAGGAGGUGGUGCGUGACGACGAGUCUGUGAGAGCACAGCAGUUGGAUCACCAGCAGCAGAGCUGCACGUUGGAUGAGUGCUUUCAGCUCUAUACUAAGGAGGAGCAGUUGGCCCCUGACGAUGCCUGGAGAUGCCCUCACUGCAAAGUAUUACAGCAAGGAACGGUCAAGCUAAGCCUCUGGACCCUCCCCGACAUCCUCAUCAUCCACCUGAAGAGGUUCCGGCAGGUGGGUAGCCGCAGGAAUAAACUCUCUACUCUCGUAAGGUUCCCUCUCACUGGGAUGGACAUGGCUCCUCAUGUGGUCAAGAGGGGCCAGGGAAGCAAAGGUCCCGGAGGGCAGUGGUCGUCGUGGAAGACGGCACCGUCCCCGGUGGACGGGGGUCAGCUGGACGUCAUGUAUGACCUGUACGCGUUGUGUAAUCACCAUGGGAGCUUACAGGGUGGACACUACACAGCCUACUGCAGAAACUCGCUGGAUGCCCGAUGGUACAGUUAUGAUGACAGUAACGUAGAACUGGUCCAGGAGGAUGAGGUCUGCACCCGGGGGGCUUAUCUCCUUUUUUACCAAAAGAGGAACGCCAUCCCUGCCUGGUCUGCCAGCAGCUCAGUACGAGGUUCCACAAGUUCCUCCAUUUCGGAUCACUGGGUCCUUCGGCUGAAUGGAAGCAAGAGAGAGAGCUUGGUGUCUCAUGUUACUUCCAACUGCUCCCCACUUCCCCAAAUUCCAGACUCUGUGGUCUUCCUAGAUGAGGAGAACUUGGAUCAAGGUUGCGGCUCAAAGUCUUUUGUCCGUGGGGUCAAAGGUCGUAGUGCCAGCAUGAAACUGUCUUCUGCUUCCAAGCUAAAGCUGAGCCUUAGUAAAGCAAUGCCACUCCGGUGGUCAUUUGGAGCAAAGGAUAGGGCAAAGCCCAAGACUGGUGAGCUAGUGGAAUAUUUAGAAUCAGGACGUCGGCCAAAGUACACUAACGAGUCUAUUGUGCCAUUGAUGACUGGUGUUCCCAACACAGACAAGUCAACCAGUGGACCUCAGCCAAAGGUAAACCACGUUAAUACCCAUGGUGCCAAUGGAACCAACUCAUCAGGUGGCCAGCCAAGAACGACAAUGACAUCAUCAAAGACGGACUCUUCGGAGGGAAAGAUAAGAGAGAAAGUGAGCCGCCAGGAUAGCAAUGCUGUGACCAUGAAGGGAGACGAACCCUUACAAUCACAGCAUAGGACCUCAGGUGUAGAUGGCCCAUUAUCUUUUGACAAUUCUGAAAAAGUCAAAGCAAAUUCAGGUAAAAAGGGAGAUGGAAACCAAAGAAGCAUUACAAAAGAUGGCCACAGCAGCAGACCGAGAACCUCCGAAACCGGACAUCAGGAAGGAACGUCGUCAAAGUCCAGUUUACCGAAGAAAGAAUCCAGGAGGCAGAGUGCAUCAGAGAACAUCAAAUCAGAGCUCCAUAACGGGACAACCAGGACAUCUUUGUCCAAUGGGGUUUUGGGUGACGGGAGGACUAGUGGCACCAUGCCACGUCGUCAGAAAGAGGACCUAACCCCCAGCAGAGCCCAGAUGGACAUCAGGAGAGCCCAUAGCUCAACCAAUGUCCAGAAUAAGGUGGAGUGGACUAUGAAGCGCUCCACCUCUCUGUACAAGAACGGAAGUGCAUCUCACCAUGCUUCCAGGCAAGGGGCAGCAGAAAAGUCAUCCUCAGGUACACUGCAGAGAGUGAAAUAUCAAACUUCCUCCUUAGGAAGGAAGAAAAAUGUCCCUGAAUCCAGCUUCUAAGAGUGCCCUUAACACCCCU